AUGGUGGACGUGCUGGGCGGCCGGCGCCUGUGGGCCCGCGACGGCGCGGCGGUGGAGGCCGAGGCGGCGCUGCAGAACAAGGUGGUGGCGCUGUACUUCGCCGCCGGCCGCUGCGCGCCGAGCCGCGAUUUCACGCCGCUGCUCUGCGACUUCUACACGGAGCUGGUGCACGAGGCCCAGCCGGCCGCGCCCUUCGAAGUGGUCUUCGUGUCAGCCGACGGCAGCGCGGAGGAGAUGCUGGCCUUCAUGCGCGAGAUGCACGGCGCCUGGCUGGCGCUGCCCUUCCACGACCCGCUGCGGCUAGAACUGAAGAAGAUGUACAACAUCACAGCCAUCCCCAAGCUCGUGAUUGUGAAGCAAAGCGGAGAGGUCAUUACUGACAGAGGACGGAAGCAGCUACGGGAGCAUGGCCUCUCCUGCUUCCAGCGCUGGGUGGAGGCGGCUGACGUCUUUCAGAAUUUUUCUGGUUGAAGUUGGAAAUCUCAGAUGUCCAGGGCCUGCGCACCUCACGCUGUCUCCUGUUCUCCCAUGGGAAACAAAAAGCUCGCACGUAGUUUCUUUUCCCCGUUGGCAUAGCUGGACCGAAUUUCAGCUUAGAGGCAAGUAAAUGAUGUUUGGAGGACACACCCUUGCCACUUUGUAAACGCACCGCAUUAUGCUUGCCAUAACUUCUUCCCAUGAGUGAAAGAUGAGAUCUUUGAUUAUUCAUACUGAGCUGUUGAAAAUCUAUGCAAAAUGGUUUUUGUACAGGCCUCCCAGGUAAAAUAAUAUAUGCACAAAGUUUUCUGAUGAUAAAUUUAUUUAAAUAAUAUAUUUUCACAACUGUAUUUAUUAAUAAAAUUUAUAGAAUAUCUGUGCCUUAAUGAACAAGUGUAUUUCUACCCCAUGA